UUGGCCCGUAUGAAUAAAAAGUAGUAAUCCACAUUUUACUACAAUUUUAGUAGUAUUUACUACAAUUGUAGUAAAAUGGUAUGAAUAAAAGAUUGUUUACUACACUACAAUUUUCGAACAACUACUUUUGUGGAACAUGUUCAUCGUGUGGUAUGAAUAAAAGUAGUAAAUACUACAAUUUAUUUGUAGUCUGCUCUGGAGCAUGCUACAAAGUUGUUUUCAGCGAGUGGUUUUGCAGUCAAUUCAGAAAAAAAAAACAAGAUAUGGCUAUGUUUAUGAAUUUGAGUGAACGUCGUCAGAAAAUUUACGUAAAUAGACGCAACACCAACAGUGACAACUACAGAAAUUUGUAUCGAUUUACGGAAGAGAACGUUGAAUGGUUGACCGAAGAGUUUUUGGCUAGCUGUUCCGAAACCCGAGGAGGAGCACUGAAUCGCGAUAGAAAGAUGCGUACAUUUCUUCGCUAUAUUGGCGACCCCGGUUUUCAGGUUGGCGUUGGAGAGGUUAUUGGUAUUCAUCAAACCACAGCAUGCAAGACUAUAUGGGAUGUGUGUCAGAAAAUUACCGAAAAGGUAGACCGUUGGAUUCAAUUUCCUAACUCAAUUGAGGACAUGAAGCGUGCACAGGUUCUUUGGUCAAAAAAUCACAAGUUCCCACAGGCAAUUGGCGCAAUUGAUUGUACUCAUGUUCUAAUAAUGAAGCCGCAUGACCAUGGUGACGAAUUUGUGAACAGGAAGGGGUCUGCCUCUUUUAAUAUCCAGGCAACUUGUGAUGGUAAAGAAGCAUUUACUUCCAUUGACUGUUCCUGGCCAGGUUCUGUACAUGAUUCAAGAAUUUGGAAAAAUUCGGCUAUUCAUAACAUCAUGAAUGAAAACUCUUCUGGCGCAAUUCUUUUGGGAGACGAAGGAUAUGGAAUCGCACCGUGGUUGAUGACCCCUUACCGCAAUCCGGAUAUGCCACAGCAAAUGAAUUACAAUAAAAUUCACAGUCGUGAGCGGGUGGUGAUUGAGCGUGUGUUUGGUCAAGUUAAAAGACGUUUCCCUAUUUUAAAGUCCAAGAUACGGAUAAGGACCGACAGAAUUCCAACAAUAAUCUUAGCCUGCUUUAUCUUACAUAAUGUGGCGAAAUAUCUCGGAGAAGAGGAAUUUGAAGACGAUUCGGCGGAUCUACGAUUGCAUGUUGCACCAGCAAAUGAGAAUAGAAACGACACCAUCAAAAUGAGAGGCGAUUCACGUCGAGAUUUGAUUUCACAGUUUUUAUUCGAUAGAACAAAUGUAUUAUAA